AGAGCAAAAGAUUUCUCAAACAUGCAUGAAAGAAUCUAAACAACACUCCAGGCAUGUUUGAUAAGGGAAUAACAAUAAAGCAUGACGCAAAGUGACUUUACAUAUUAUUUCCCCUUUAAAUCCAUUACAUGUUAUUUAGUCAGAUGUCAUGAUUUCACUUAAAGUUUAGGUGUAAAUACAUUUACAAACGCAGACUUCAUUCGACUGUAACUGAACUAAUGUUCUCAAGAACAAACAUAGACACCACAGAUAGGUUUGAGCAUGUGAUUAUGUUUCCAAAGUAGGACACAUUGCAUCACUUUAUGCUAACCAAUCAAUGGCAGACUAGACCCUUAAGAGAGGAAAAUGCUAAAAAGAUACUUUCCAUUCACCACAAUAAUCUGAAGACAAUGGCAUUUGCACACUAUGCCUUCUUUCCGACAUGCCUUGUCCUAUGCUUGGUUCAGGAAACUCAUCUGUCAUCAUAUUCAUCUGUUCACCAAGAGAGCAGCUUCACCUCAGCCCAUGUCGGUGGCAAAGUGACCAUUCGAUGUUUCUACAAAGGUGACGAUUCAGCAUGGAUCUGCUGGUACAAACAAAGUCUGGGGCAGAAGCCAAGGCUCAUUUCGAGCUUCUAUAGCUAUGGAACAAAAAGGACUUUUUACCAUGAAUUCCAGAACAGUAGUCGUUUCCAGAUGGAUGCAGAGAAUCACACUUACUACCUGACGGUUUCGGACCUACUUGUCUCAAACUCAGCGACUUACUACUGUGCAGUUAACUAUGCAAAGGUGCUGACUUUUGUAGAGGGAAAAACAGUUAGUGUUAGAGAUUCAGGUUUUGACAGUCAGGCUUCGGUCGAUCAGCCAAAGUACGCCACCGUCCCGCCGGGAGGCUCUGUGACUCUCAACUGCACAGUCCAAACUGGGAGCUGUGGUGGAGAACACAGAGUUUACUGGUUCAGAAACUCUGAUGACUCUCCACCAGGACUGGUUUAUGGACACGGAGCCAAGAGUGAGCAGUGUGAGACGAAUCCCUACAGACAGACACACACCUGUGUGUAUGACCUGCCUGUGGAGAAUCUGGAUGCGUCUCAUGCUGGGACCUACUACUGCGCCGUCGCCUCCUGUGGACACAUCGUUUUUGGAAACGGAACCACGCUGAAUUUCUCCUUAGGAGAAGAAAACAUCUUGGUGUACCUGUUUGUGGGAUUUGGGUUUGGGUCUGUCACCACCGCCCUGGUUGUUUUACUGAUUAUCUUUGUGAACAGGAGAAAGACAAGACGUCACCAAGCCACGGAGUCCAGACGGCCUGUGGCCUGGACCACAAUAACCGAGGAUAAUCACAGAGACUCAGGCGACCUCCACUAUGCAUCUAUAAAUGUUGAGUCAUCCAGCAGAUCACAGAAACAGAGGAAGAGCAGCCAGUCUGUCCGCCUCUGCUCUAGUGUAAAAAAUGAGAAAUAAAGAUCCUUUACUAUUCAGAAUCGCUGAGGCUUUUCAUAAUGUGAAUGUUUUUUGUUCUCUGAAUUGAGAUAAACUUUCUAAGGCUUAAAUAAGACGGCAAAUGUAUUUCUUUAGGAUCUUUUUUUUUUAACUAAGGCAGCUUUCUAUUUUUGCUGUUAGUAUUCUUCUGCUCACUUCAUAUGAACGAGUCAAUGAAUACAUUUUUCUUGGCUUCAACAAUAUUUCUUUUCGUACACGAUGCUAUCUGCGUU